AUGAAUGUUUUACACUACUUGUAUGCCUUGCCUAAAUUCGACCGUGAAGUAAUAAUAUUGGUCUGUCAUCAGUUCCAGGACAAGGUAGAUUGUAACAGUUAUACUCACGACUUACGCGACUGGUUUUGAUCCCCGUCUAUAAUGUCAAUUUUUAUUUUCGGAACCUUUGGUUACGUCUCCUUCAGGUUGCUUUAAUUUUAUGUACUGAUAAUGAAACAACAUUUAGAGAUCAGAUUACUCAGUCAUCAUGCAAGCUUCAAAAUACUACCGGUGCAGUUAGACCUUUCAAGCACCUUCCUCCCCCCUCCCUACCCCAACCGCCACGCCAUUGGAUUUCAGCAUCAAUAUCACUGGUUAGGUAGUUCUCUAAGCAGCAGUUGGCAUAAAAGGAAAGAAACUUACACGGCAAGGUUUGUAUCAUAGUGUAAUUUAUACUUAGUGCCUUUUUGAAAUAGUUGGGUUUACUUCCCAAGAACGUAAUAACGAAGCAUCGGCAGCACUCACAAUGAUUUUAUCUCUAAUAAUAUUUAAUAUAUAUCAUGCCACAUUUGAAAUCUCAUCGUAAUUAAGGUGUAUCACAUGAAGAGGCUUUCUUUCCUAGUCCAAAAAAGUUAGCCGGAGUAGAGUUUCGUCAGUCAUCUUAUAUGUGAAUAAGCCAGAUUGCUUUUCCGUUCACCUAUAUACUGACGUUUAGCUAGUGUUCGAGUGGUACAAAUCAUGUUCGACUAUAUGUACUUAGCUUACUGAGUCAUCGUCUUUGCACUUUGUUAUCGUUAUAAGUGUUUAACUUUUAUACUUUUAGACAAUAACUAUACAUUUCAAUUCUCAGUCAAUACUUCUUGGUUUCAUAUUUCUUGAUCAUUUUGCAUGCCUCGUCAUCACAAGCCGUACUUCCAUCAAGAUCCUUCGAGACUUACACAUGCAUGCAGUUAAAAAUAAUUAAACUAGGAUGUAAUGUUUCAAACAUUUUAGAAAGUUUCACCACUCUGAACUAUAGGAAGGGUAUAUUUCUUACACUGAUCUAUGAAUUACUCUUUAAUUUAAAUAUUACGCAUAUAGCGUACACUCUUACUGUAAUGUUAAGUAUAUUAACAAUAAUUAAAUUAAUUAAGUGUACAUGCAUGUAGUUCAUGUGUACUGAUAAAAGAUUAACUGAAGUUAAACACUGUUGAGUUCAACUCAUCCGUAUGCCUGUGAUUAACGACAAACAAUAACACACACAACUUUUGCUUAUUGCCAUCAGAGUAAUUCAGUAUAGACUGUAGAGUAGCCGAACUCGACGGAUAGAUUGACAAGAUUGUUGGACUGAUCAUGCUUUAGCUGCAUGGUAGUACCCGGGCAUUACAUGAUGAGACGCGCGACCUUGAUUAGCUGUUCUCAAUGCUUUCCCAACAUGCACUAUUGUGUAUUCUACUUAAGUUAAAACAUAAUUGGCAUGCACACUGUACUCAUUUAUUCAAACCAUCCUUAUUUUAUUAAUCUAGAGCUUGACUACAGCAAACGUUCCCCGUCACAAUGUGUAACAAAUAACUCUCAUCAGCCAGCUAGCCAUAAACGUCGUCAUAGACAUAAAUUAUAUUGUCAUUGUGUUACAAAGAGAAUAAUUCACACGGAAAUCAGUUACAAUUAUAUUAAGUUGUAUAAUAAUUCGGAAAGUUCUCAACGAGUAUAAAUAGUCGUCUUGCUCGUGCCUGUAUUCUGUAAUUAAUAUCUAAUUUGCAGUGAUUUAAUGCCAAUUACUAGAUAACGGUAUAUGUAGGUACUAAUUAUGGUUGUGAAAACAACAUUGAUAUUUAGGCAUUGUAACUUAGCAUGAUCGCAGGAAUUUAUAUAAUUUGUAGCUUUGUAAAUUGUGCAUGGUAGACAGAAUUUUGAUGUUGUGGAUGUGUGUCGCGGAUAUCAUCUAGAUCUCAGAUUGCAGGGGAGCCAAAUUUGUAAUCCAUGAACAAAGCUAUAUGCAGAUACUUGUGAUACUACAUGAAUACAUUUUGUAGAAAUGUUCAUAAUUACAUGUUUUCUCCAUGGCUUGUGCCAGAUAUCAUUAAAUGGUUUCCUAAAACUAUGAAACUAAUAUGAAACGAAUUCCUCCUUGUUGCAAGGUCUGCAGAAGUGUGGAAUUGUUCUCUCCGACUGAAAAUUCAUAUUUCUAAAAUUACGUAGUUAACUUGAACCAAAGUGUGAAAUCCGAGAAACGUAGUCAGUAACUAUUCGUUCUGAUUUAAUUAUUUAGGCAUCUAUAUCUCCAAUGCAUCAACUGUAAGUGAAUUAAUCUCAAUAAAAGCAUACAAUAAUUCAUUUCGCUGCAGUUAUCACACUCGCUGCGCAAUUGGUAUAACUAAAACGUUUAUGAACUCUGCAUUUCUGAAGUAAAACAGAAUACACUAUACUGACCGCAUAGCUCGACCGCAGUACUGUUACACAAUAAACGUGGGACACAAAGUAAGUAUAAAGUAAGAAAAAAAAGUUGUUUUACAACUAGAUUCGCUAAAUAACAAUACUGACUGAACAAUUACUGAUAACAGGUUACGUUAGGAACAAACUAUGCCGGAUCUAAAACUAAGCCAUAGUCGGCUUAAUAACGUGUUCAAUUGAUUAUCGAUUGAUUAACAUAAAAAUACAGAUAAUUAUCUUUCUAUAUCCGAGUUGUACAGUGCAUGUAUGGUCAUGGUAUAUUAAUAAAGGAAGGAUUUAUAAUUAUGUACAUGAAAACAACUCUUUAAUUAUUAUGCUGUAUAACUUCAUGAGAUGUCUUUCAUCAUCAAAACUAUAUAUUUUGCAGUUUAAACAUGAACUUACAAAGUUGUACGGUAAUAAAAGAAAUAAAAACGAACAUAUUAAUCCAAUAAUAGAGUGAUAUUUUACUUUUUUGGCCUUGCUGUAAAUUGCUAUGCCGGAUAUACUAACGUUUUAAUUGAUAUUGCAUGUGUUAGAUUAGUCGCCGAAUAUUAAUUUGAUUAUAUUGUAUUAUUUGUCCAGUCGUUUAGUCCUUCUUUCAAAUGUUUCCUUGCUCUCAUACAAUAAACCCAUGGCGAAAUAUUAACGGAAUAUUCUACAUCAUUUCUCUACAAAGUUCGAUAUUUUUCAAGCUUGCCCGGUAUAGAUAUACACUCAGAGUAACACCACAAACAUCAUAUAUACAAUGUUAAUAUUUUGAUAUAGUGUACGCGUAGCUACGGGGGAAAUGGGGUUCCGCUCCCCAUUAUUUUCAAAACUGAGGAGAAACUGGGGGCGUAACCAUUUAAUGUUUUCAUUUAUGGUUCUUUUAAAAAUGCGUGAAAUAGCGUUUCGUAGGCUGGAAUCUGAGAAAAAUGUUCCGGGAAGCCAUACCCCAGAUCGGACGGACGAUUAGUCCCUCCUCCCCACACACACUCGUUUGGCGCAGGCUACGCCCCUGAUUGUACGCCUGUAUGAAAACAUUUUGAAAUAUUUCCCAUGCAAACGACUGGACAGGUUUGUUAAAAACAAUAAUCAAAUUAAUAUUCGGCGUCUAAUAUAAACUUACACAUGCAAUAUCAAUUAAACGUUACAUAUAAUGAUCCGGAAUGGAAAAGUAGUGUAAGGCAAACUGAAUAAACACAUGCUCAAUUUAAGCUAGCAUGCUUAUAAUAAGUAACUUUUUAAAGUAUGAAAAACACGAUUAAUUGAGAAAAUCAUUGGGAACAAAAUUUUGAAAAAUUGAAAACAGAAAAUUUUUUAGUUAUAUAAUUGCUGAAAGAAUUCAUGCAUGUGACAGGUCUGUAACUAAAUAAGAAGUUUAGUGGAAAAUAUAAAACAGGACGACAUGCAGGAAUAGUGGAAUACUGAAUGUAAUUUAUUCAAUUUCUAAUGAAGGGCUCUUAGACUACUUCCAGCUGCUCGAAAUGUCACAAAUAUUUUCUUUCUCAAAUUUUCGACAAUUUAGGUUUCACGUUAAUUUAAUAAAUUGAGACUAGUCAGAUCAUGCGAUUACAUGUAACUCUUUCAUUUUUCUGAGAUGUUGUAGUUUUAUUUGGUAGGUAAAUAUAAUAGUAUCAAAUAAAGUACUUGAUCUUGAAUAUGAGCUUGAAUAAAUUGUUAUAAUAAUAGUUAUAAUUUGCGAAUUCGUUUUUAUCGCUGUGUUUCUGAAUUUACUAAUAUACAGUUUUAUCUCCUCUGGGCCGCCAUAAAGAUAUAUAUUAUGGUGAAAUAAUGUAUCACCAGUGGUAGCAUUUGAGUGUUUUGUAUGUUCUGUAACCUUCUCUAAAAUCUCCCAAAAAGGCACGAAUAUUAGCGAUUCAUGAAGUAGGUCUAUUGCAGUGACUUUUCUCGAAGCGAAAAGAGCAUCCGUAAAUCCUGCCCAACAGUGGGCGCAGGAAGUCGGUGGCUGUUGUGACGGCUAAUUAAAGUACCUCAAUAACAGAAGUGUAGGUUAUCGUCCCAUGCAAAUAUUAUCAAAAAAACAUUUACUAUGCACCUGAUUUCGUCCAGGAAUAUUUAUAAUCUUAUAAGAAUAGAAUACAAUUGUGUAUCUUCACUUAUUGUGUCACUGACACUGUUUUUGGGAUUGAAGUUUUGUAAACACUGGCGCUCGACUCUAUGAAUCAGUCUAGAAUCCUGAUUACGGGCCUGUGUGCCGAUGCAGAAACAAAACUAAAUAACUGCCAGUAACUUAAUUUUGUAUUCAGCCAAAUGGCAAUCCCAUGUAUGCAUUCCUCAAAAAUCCCACGUCUUCCCGAAUUCCUUCCAAAAUUUGUCGGAAAAUCCAGUGCCAUAAUAUCCGUAUAUAGAAAAUCGAAAAAUCUCUUCCAAUCAAAAUCUUCAAAUACUUCAUUGACAUCCGUAAAUUCUGUUGAAAUCCAAAAUCUCUAGUAUGAUUUUGGUAAUCGAUCUACACGGAGCGGAUUUGGUUCAGCAAAGCUAAAUAUGAUCUCUUCAUCACAUGCAAAUUGAUCGAGGCGGCGUAAAAGUAGUUAUAAAUAUUGUGUGUUGUAUGAUAUAUCUUGGUCGCAUUCUAAGAUUUUCUCAAAAAUUUUGCGGAAUAUGAUAGAUCAUGUACUGUACCUUUUAUACAAUUAUAUACAUGUACAAAAAGAAAUUUGAUAAAAUAUAUUGCUUUAAAAGCUGUAUGAUCGUUGGCGUUGCGUAUAGACAGGAUAUAAUUUCAGUGCUUGAUUACCCUUUUUAUUAUAUUUAAUUUUAUAAUUAAUUAAAUAGAAAAGAAAGGAAAGUUAUUUGCAUGCGCGAAUUUGAAAUCAUUUUAUUUCAAACUCAAAGUUUAUCGAUAAAGGCAUGCAGUUUAGUUUUAUACAGAACAUUUUAAAACGUUUUACGAUUUACGAAGCGUUUGUGAAUUGUGGUUGAUUUUUACCUUUUAUUACAUAGGCUACAUGACAAAAUUACUGCAAUCUGAUUGGUUAAGCGGAGUGCAAUUAUUUCAUUAAUUAUUUAUCUUCUGUAAUCAGUGGCAAGUACUGCAAUUUCAUUGGUUUACAGGAGUGCGACUUGAGAAUUAAUCGCUGCAUCUUUUCUGAGCUGUAAUCGCAUCCUUGUCUACAGCCAAUGAAAAUCAGUCUAGUAUUUACAACUAGCCAACCAGCAUUCAGAAUACAAACUUUGAAUUUUAUCUUUUUUAUUGCUGUAAAAAUUCUCAAAAUGGAGGAAUUUACAAAUUGUCAUUUUGUGCUUUUCCCCCUUAAACAGUUUGAUUACAGAAGAUAAAUAAUUAAAUAAUAUAAUAAGUAAUAGAACGCAUUAAGUCGUACUAUUAAUGCCAUAAUCAUACUUAUAAUCUGUCCCAUUUGCAGAAACUCUAAUGUGGACGCAGCUUGUAGCUGCUGACUAGUUAACAUUUUAAAAAUUUACGUUAAGUAGGGCCUAACUGUUUAUAUAUUAUUUUGUCUGUUAUAUAUGUUGUAAUCUGGAGUCAAGCCUUGUGAGGGGCCACGUGUCCUAUUGCUUGUCUCCUGUCAACUUGUCUUUUGUUGCAAAUGUCCUAAAUCAAUAAAUAAAUAAAUACUCAGCUCGUGAUUAACAAAUCAACCUCCAGCUACGCGGUCGGUUGAUUUCGUAAUCACUCGUAUGGUUGGGGGGAGCGGGAAAUCAAAACAACAAAACUCCAAUAAUGGGGCGAAAUGUUUCUUGAAAUAAUUACAAACGUGGACGAAUUUAACUAAAUAUUAAUUGGCACAAGAAUGAGUUUAAAAACAUAGUAUGGAAAAAAGAGCUUGUGGAAAAUACCUGGACUAUGUAAGUCUGUAAUACAAUUUAUAAAGAUUUUCUUACUCUAAAAUAUGUUGUUUGAGUUUGAAUCAUGUGUUCUAGUUUAAGUUAUGUGCCUUUAUGAGUUUAUGAUCAUUUCCCAAGUUUGUUUAUGCCAAAUUGCUUAUACAAAAGAAUUUUAAUUUAGUUUUUUAAAAAAACUCGUGACAAAAUCAGUUCAAUUUUAAAGAAAGCGAUUUUGUCAUGCAUAUAAUAAAUAAAUAAAUAAUCACACGGGCAAGUCGUGCAAUUAAUGAUUAAUACUACUCGUGAUAUUUGAAAUAUGUGGCAAAUUGCACUCGCCUCGAUCGGUGGCUCGUGCAAUUUUGGCAAAUUUUUCAAAUAUCACGAGUAGUGUUAAUCAUUAAUUGCACCCCUUCCGAUCCCGUGUGAUUACCUAUUCAAAUUGAAGCUAACAUUACAUAUAUCAUUACAUAUACCUAGCAUAUACAGCUGAUUCAAUUAAGGCACAGUUAUUAAGGUUGUUCUUCCAAAACCUUAAACCUUAAACUCUGAGCGCGCAAGGGAUGAUGGGCUUUCACCUAUUAGGCAAUUAAACUCAGAAAAUUGCCUUUGCAGCCAUUAUGUUUUCUAUCGUGAGUCUUCUAUAUCUCUUAGGUAUUCUUACAAAGCCAAAUUUCAAAGUUUAUGAGUCUAAAUAAGCAAUAACCCAUCAUCCCUUGCGCUCUAAGAGUUCAAGGUUUAAGUUUUUGGAAGGACAACCUUAAUUUAAUUAGCUGUAUAUGUUUGGGAAAUUGAUAAUUUUGUAAUAAAAAGUGAUAUUAAUUUUUAGGGAAUUUUUCAAUCGUAAAAAUUUCUUAAUAAAAUUACCGUGUUACCAUGAUAAAUACUUUAAAUUCUUCAUGUUUGAAAAAUACAAUGGUUUUGUCAACAAGGCGAGCGUUUGUGCAUGCAUGUAUUUUCUGGUAUUUAUCUAUAUCUAUGCCGAAUAUUAUGCUUUUGACAAAAUUGUUAUUCGCGUAUAAAAAUUUGCACAAAUAGGCUGGACUGUAAGUAGAUCUAGAAAGUAGUUUAAAAUCACAUUGUUUUAGUUGUUAUACACGCCAUUGUUUUCUCAUAACAAAAUUGCGCGCAACAAAUGGUGAUGACGCAGCCAGGGGCGUAGGAACCGUGGGCCAAGGGGGCCUAGCCCUCCCUCCAAGUUUUCAGAAAACACAAAAAGUGCCCUUAUUCCGGUGGCAAAGUGCCCUUUGCCCUCGAGAAAAAUUUUGUUCAGAUUACAUUUUUGACCCACGGAUUGUUGCAAAGUAACAUUUGUGAGUCUUUCUGGUUACUUGAGUGCGGGGCAGUUAAACGACAAGAAAUGACUAGUCUGCUUGGCGCGCACUCUAUGCCUGCGAAUCUGGCCUUUCAGUACCGAAAAUCGGGCUGGAGCACAACAAAUUGCAAAAUUUGCACGAUGCUCGUUUGCAAAAAUAACUGCAAACCAGUGGCGUAGCGCUCAUUGGUUAGGGUUAGUUCAAAAACUAAGGGCCCCCGACAGGUAGGGGCCCCCAUCAGCCACAGCCUAUCGCCCAGAAAAUUAGAAAACGUAAAAGAUGCAGGUGAAGAAAAUGAAAAAUUAACAAUGCUAAAUAAUAAAGCCUCCAUCGACAACGGUAGCUGAUUUUUUAUUCCAUCUCAAAUAAAACAAAAGUUAUUCUUAUUGGUUGUUACAUGUAUUGGAGACUGUUAUUGUUAUUGUUAUAGACACGGAAUUUUCCAGAACAUUCUGUAAAUAUUCAAUAUAAAUAUAACAUCUCAGUCAAACAAUGACAACAGGCAUUUUAUCUAACAGGGGCCCCCACACCAAAUAUGCCUAAGGGCCCCCUCUUCCUCCGUUACGCCACUGCUGCAAACUGCUUUAAUUCUUUGUGUCACUUUCAUUUGAUUUCAUCCGUGAGUUGGCCUCAACGGCCUUUGAUUUAUGAUUGGAUUUACUCUUCCUUCUUCCCCCGUCGCGGACAUUUCCGGGGAAAAAGUUUUAGGUGCCCUUUCCAUUCCAAAAGUGCUUCCUACGCCCCUGGACGCAGCGUGAAAUUUCGCAGGGCGUUUUUACUGGUGUCGAAUGUCAAUAAAAUUCAAUUGUUCGGAGGAUAUUGCCGUAACACAGACAUUACAAAGCUAAUAGCUAUAACUGAAGUAGAAUUGAUCUUUCGAACUUCGUGCCUCUACGCAAACGCAAAGUCAAAAACGCAGAAAAAAGACAAAAAUGGGUUUUGUUCUCCAAGAAAAAGAACGUCUACAAAUAUAAACCUAUCGCUGUGCAAAAGCUCGCUGAAAGAGAGUAACAAAGGGUCUUGGUUCGCUCAGGAAAGCCAGUGGUCAGAAGAUUUAAAUGCUCCCAUAAUUGCAACUUUAGCUGAACCGGUAACUUGUGGCAAUUAAGUGAAGAUAGAAUCUAAAAAGGAAGUUUUUCUUGCUGAAAAUAAUGCCAUUGCUGUCGAUGACCCCUCCCCUGGAAUUUCCACAUAUUUUAAGUGAAUUUUUAGCCUCCCCUGUGGAAUUUCCACAAUUUUUUUAUGAACUUUUAACCCAUCCCAUGGAAAUUCCUUGACAGUUUUUGAUCUGGCAUGUGGAAAUUCCGUAUUGAUUCUUUGAUUAGUAGCUAUCUCUUGGAAAAUUCCUUGCUGAUUUUUAUCCUAUCCUUUGGAAUUUCUUUUUCAUUGUUGACCCUCCCAUGGAAAUCCAUACGUUUUACUCAUUUUUCUUACUUACCCUUUGGAAUUUCCGCAGAUUUGCUUUAAAAUUUGGACCCUCCCAUGGAAAUUUCUUUAUUUUUGGUUCACUUUUGUAGAGGGCCAAUGGAAAUUCCACAUGUCCUCAAUAGGGGGGGAUUAAUAAUGCGAUCAGCCGAUGGUCCUCGUAUAUAUGAUCCAGAUUCAAGUGAUCGUGAGAACAAGGGCGUCUAUGAUUUAAUUAACAAUUAUUCGCCGAAGGCGAGGUGAUUAUCGGUGAAUAAAAACCGAGACGAAGUCGAGGUUUUUAUUCACGAUAAUCACCGUGCCUGAGGUGAAUAAUUGUUUUAGUAUAAUUUCAUAGGUGAUCAUUUGGAAAAAAUUUUAAACCAAUCAGCGACCAAUCAGCGUGGAGAAUUUUCAAUAAUCACCUAUGUAAUUAUACUAACUUUCCUUAAACCCUCAGGUAACUAUGCUGUACAUUGUUAAUCCUGGCAAUAUGUAAGAACUGCGGAAGAAUUCUGCGGUUUCGCCGGUUUGUAAAACUUGCUACAACCUUUUACAAGUUGUCGAAAAAUCGGGGAUCAAAGCAAUGUCUUGGAGCCAAAUGAAUAUCGAGUGAGUCUCGCCAGUUUAGUAAACUGUUUCUAAUUCCCUAUAAGGUCCCCAAGGCGGGCAGAAUGUACGAAAUAAACCGUGCGCGCGUGAGUUGUUGGUUUUCGUGCUAAAAAGUGAAAGUAAAUUUCAUUUUUACAAAAAGAAGAUCAUCAACUCCAUUAGAAAAUUGGAAAAAUAGCAAAAAUUUAAACCAAGUAUAAGAUAUUCAAGUGAGUGGUAUACGGGUGAUACGCUCUCUUUUGAGUUCGUAUAAAUUGCAUGUAACACAGUUGGUACUUUCACCAUAAGACCCGUAAUUGUUUCAUGAAUCUGCAGGUUUAUUAUUCAUUCAGCAUCAGUGACUUGUUCGAUUAAUUGAGGUCUAUACAUAUAAUCUUAAGUUGCCAUACGAAAUUUGGAGUCAUCAUGUAUUUCCUUUUUCGUGUUAAUUAUAUUAAAUGACUUGGAUGAUCAAGCUCAAGUUGAUCAAGUACACAGCAUGGGGUACACUCUUUCAUGUCGAAAACAGGAGUGCAUGCACUCUUAAUAUUAUACAGUGCAUUCCUGCUGCAAUUUAACGUAAUAUUGUUGAUUUUAAUUACUGCUAAGUAUACUUUGUUUUGAUCAACUGCCUAUAUAAUACAGGCCUAAUUACAUUUCAAACACAUUCGUCAUCACCUCUUUAGAUAUCCCAUUCGUUUAGUGGCAGUAAAGUGUGUGCUCACAUGUACCCAGUUAACCAGUUAACUGUUAAUUUUCUCGAUGUCGUAGUUGAAAAUGCUGGUGGUAAUUUCAUUACAAGUUUGUUUUGUAAACCUACUGAUUGCCACCAUGCAGUAUCUUCACUAUGAUUCAUCACACCCUGCACAUGUUAAAAGGUCUAUAGUAUAUAGUCAGGGUCUACGCAUCAAGAAGAUCUGCUCAAGAGAGGAAGACGCUGAUAAACAUUUGCAGGAAUUGUCGAGUUGGCUGCAAAAUAGAGCCUACCCAAUGUGGCUUAUUAGGAAAGCAUUUAAGAGGUUACAAUCUUGUGAUAAAGCAUCUAACAAAAAAAGAAAAAUAGGAGUACCUUUGACAAUUACGUUUCAUCCUCUGUUAAAGGACUUCGCCUUCGGUCUUAUAAUCCGUAAAUAUAUACAUCUAUUAUACUUAGAUCCAGAAGCUCAGAAAAUGUUUUCGCCAGGACCAUUCAGUUGUGGCAUUUAAAACUGGCCGCAACUUGAAAAGUUAUUUAGUUGGCUAAAGUACCGCCGUUAGUGAGGGAAAAGGGGUGUAAGAAAUGUAAGAAAGCACGAUGUUUAACAUGCAAUAAUAUUCGAGAAACCGACAGCUUUGAGUGUUCAACAGAUGGUAAACAGUACAAAGUGAACCAUAGGUUGAAUUGCGACUCGAAAUGUGUGGUUUAUCUUCUUACCUGUAAAGUCUGUAAAAAACAAUAUGUUGGCGAAACAACAGAUAAAUUUAGGUACCGUUGGAAUAAUUAUAAAGCUUGCCACAAAAAGGCAGUUAAUAACGAGGCCUAUACACAAAUGUUUUUCCAUCAACAUUUCUUGGGUAAUGGACAUAAUGGAUUGAUUAGUGAUUGCGAGAUUGUUUUAAUUGAUAAAACUGACCCAGCGGAACCGACCAGACAUGAGGCAUUUUGGAUAAGCAAACUAAAGACAAUGCAUCCUUCGGGAUUGAACAUAGAGAAUGCGAUAGUAAUGUUAAUUAUAGUUAACAGGAUAUUGUUACUUGUAUGGUAAAUCACUUAUAUUCAUAUUAUGCAUAAUUAGCAAAAUUGGGAGGGUAUAAUUGGGAGGGUAUAUCAGCAUUAAAAUUUCUGAAACUGCGUAAAAAUAUUUGAUCCGGCCAGUCAUGGCAUUAUGUAUGCGAAAAUAGGACACAAUUGUUGAGUAUUAAUUUAUAAGUAUGAUUUAAUCCUUAAGAUAUUAACAUGAAAUAUGUGUGAACGCUUCAGUCAAGACUAUUGUUUUCAAUCUCGUUCUUUAAUGUUCAACAUAUUCCAUGCAGGAUCCUGCCACCACACCCGUUUCUCCCCCAGAUUACUUUCUUAGACUGCUUCUGUUUAAAUGUCCCAAAAUUUGAUGUGGUUCGAAGUAGAUUCGUAUGCGUAUAAAUUUCGUUGUUAAAUUAUGGUACUUUGCAUGAGACAAAAUACUUAAUUCCCAGUUAAAAGCGUGGUUUAUGGGACAUACCUAUAUUGCUAUGGAUAUUGCUAUAGGUACUUACGGCACUUAUUUUAUACUCUCAGCCAAACAAAGGAGACCCUCCCAAAACAUUACUCAAGAUUUUGUUAAUUGCACUAAUAACUAAUAUACGCGUUUCCUGUUAUUUGUUUUACAGUUUUAGCGUAAUCAAUGCUUCCUUAUUCGUGAGGUUAUGCAACAAAUCAAUUCUAUAGGCGUGUUCAUUCAUGUAACUGCUUUAUAAUUCUACAUCAAACCAGAUAUUUUAACAUUAAAAAUCCGACCCGGAGCUCCUAGUUUGCUGGCGGACAGUGGUCAAGAUGGUUGUUUAUGCCAAAUUUCGGAUGUAGUUCAAUAUACCGGCUGUAUUUCCUUGCCCGCGUGAGAAAUGUAAUAGUACAUUCCAGCAAUUGUAUUAAGGCCCACAUCGAUCUUCGGGAAAAAAGAAAUGAACUUUCACUCACUCACCCUCUCAGCUCAACGUGGACGACCAGUGGUUCUACUCUAUAUAUAUGGACGAUACUAUAUAAUGCAUAUGAUUUAUUGAGAGAAAAUCAAUCUCCCUAUAUGCAUAAUUUAAACAAAUUAUAGACGGACCUGCAUAUUUGCAUAUAUGCUACUUUUAAAAGCUGCAAAGAUUAUUUAUUAGUGCUUCCUAUACACAUUAAAGGUUUUUCACCACACUGGCCAUAACGAUAUUUAAGACAGGUGGGUGUAAAUUAUAAGUUAUAACACUAUGUUUAUAAUUACCCUUAAAUCUCUCUAUUUUUUUAUCAAAAAUAAUUCUUUUAGUCCAUCUAUAAGUCAUCACCAAAUCAAAUACCGUUACUAUUACUAUUACUAGUUUAUAUCCCACAUACUUCCAUGCCAUAAAUAAUCAUUUUAAAUUAUAUUCAUACGACUGCAUCUAUCCGAUCGUUUCUAUUUCCAUUUGCCCCAUUGUGACAGAUAUGCUGCUCAUACCUCGUUGAGCAUCACGCGGUUGGCUGCUAGUCGCAGUAAUAUUAUAGGAAAAUGACUAAAUCAUGUCUUAAUGUCUUUAAGUAGAUAUUUGGACAGAUAAUUAUAUAUACUGUUUUUUUGUCAUAUUCGCGCAUGCAUGCAUGUAAUCCUUUCGUCCUUUUGAUAAUGUAAUUCUUUAUAUAUGUUGCAAACAAAUCCCAAUUCCAUGUAUAAUAUAUGCAUGGUAGAACUGAAUUAAAAGUCAGACGUUUUUUCCUGGCCCAAUUUGCUGUUCUUGUACUUGUUAACCUGACACAGUAAGUUAGCUGUAAGGCUGGCAGCGAAGAAAAUAAAUUAAAACAGAUAUGUUAUUGUUUUUCUCCAAAUUUUAAGAAUAUAUUUCAUAAGACAUGUAUUUUUGCGGAAACAAAAUAACGACAUGAUACUGCAACCUACGACCUAACCGGCGCGAGGAAAUUAAAUCUAAUAAUAUGUGUAUAAAUUCGUAAACAAUCAUUAUACGAAGUCUCCACAUCGGAAAUCUAACGAACAAUAUACAUACUUGUACUCCCUAUUAAAUGUGUUCUCUAACAACUUGAGAAGGUGUUAACGACAUGCAUAAUGACGUUAGUCGUAAAGAAUUUUAAUUGGACAAUAAAGCAUUUAGACAGUGAGAAAAACAGUCAGCGAGAUGAAACAGCAUGUUGAAAAUGUGCACUGGCUCACAAAAGCAUAUCAAAUUUUGAAUAUUUUAUACGAAUGUUUGUCAAAAGGAAUGUACUCAAAUUAAUUAGUGCGCAUGGUAAAGUUGGAAAGGUUGAGAAACAUGCACAUCUAGUAAAUUGGUAUUGAUUAAAUGAUUAACAAUUUCGAAAGUAUCUAACUGAUAUGAAGCCAAUACAUAAAAAAUAUAUUUUAUUCACCCACAACUCUGCAAAAUCUUGAUACUUAAACCAAUAUAAUGAGCUAUGGUAACUCAAAGGGAAAAAAUAAAAACAUGGCAACGAUACCAUAAAAGGCUUAAUGAGGUAGACUCCAAGAUAUAGGGGGCACACGUGCAAGGAAACAGACUAGCAGAUUUACUGAAGAUUCAUAAUAUUUUGAUUUCUUGCAGCCCAACAAUUGAGUUUGGAAAAAUAACCCGAUGAAGGUGAGAAAAAGAUUUAUUGAAUCCAAAUUGAAAGUGUUUUUAAGUUAAGAAACUUUGAAAACGACUUAUAAAGGAAAAGUAUUAGCUAUCUGAAACAAGUCGUAUGGUCAAGUAAUCUGAAAUAACUUGUGUUGUUGUAAAGUGAUUGAUUACUUGAUAUUUUUAUUCAAACAUGUGGAAAUUUUUGUUUGUCUUAGAUGCAAGUAUAGAGUUAUUUCUCGAAGAUUCUAAAACAAGGACAUGCUACAAUUACCAGAAUGUUUAGUACGGGCACAAAGAAAAAGAUGACUGUGCACUUUACACAUCCAAUUGUAUACUUUACUAUUUUGAGUAUCAUAUUGACUUGAACCGGGUAAAUUAAUAAGGAUCUAAAAAUCACUCCUUAAUUAUAAUGCAGUUAAAAUCCUAAAUAUGAGUGCAAGAACAGCCAGCGGUUAGAAAAUGGAAAAUUUAUGACCGCAGUAUGAAAGCGAUUAUUGUGUAUAAGACGUGUACUGAGUGUAUAUAGUAUUGAAUUUAAUAAUUAGUUAAUUGGAUUUCUUUCUUUACUCAUUAUGAUUUAGUCGUUGCCAAAUUACUGUUAUCUCAGACAAUUGAAGCAUUGGUUGACUUUCACACAUGUACAUGCACUGUUUGCUACACUUUUAUGUUUUGAGAAAGACAUCUUCCACGCGAUUGUUAAAUAACUGCAUGGUAUUUGCAAAUUAAAUAAAGGCACUAAAUGCUCUUUCUGGUACGACUGGGUUAAAUCAUAUAUAGCAUGCGUACAUCAUUCAAUAAAGUCUUCUCUUGAGUCUUGUUUUAUUCAAUAAUUAAAACAAAUUGAAUAAUCAACAUUGCGUAGUAAGAAACAUUGCGUAAUAAAAAUACCUGUAUACCUCAAGUAUACAAUUUUUAUUACAAUUAUACAGUUUCGUUUAAGAAACAUUGUGAAAUGAUGAAGUACGAUACAUUUUCUCUAUUCUGACUUGCUAGUUUAUUUGGUCGGCUACCUUUGGGGAAUUAGUGGAGCACAAGCGGAUAUAAAACUAUUUGAACGGAAAUUAACGUUCAAAGUCAAACUUUGAAACUGUUCAUAUGCAUGAGCUGUGCCUGCCCGGUUAGCCGGGAGGAAUUGUGUCACGAAUUAUUUUCUCUGGCCAUGAAAGAUCGUUUGAGUGAACUUUUUACUGUCACUGGAAUCAAACCAAUUAGCUAGUUCAAUUUUGAAAUGUUAUUUUGGCAUUUGUUGAUGCCAGCUCUUUUUUCAACCACUGAAAAAGGCGUCACACAAUUUAUAGGAAUAUAGAAAUGAUAUGAAUAGUUUGAAGAAUUUGUGUUUUUCUUCAGGGUUGAUUUUUUAUAACUUUCUCUUCGACUGAUUUCAUAGAUUACGUAAUGACUGCAUAUACUAACAUUUAAAAGGUGACGAAUUUUCAAAGAACAGCUUACUGUAUAAUUCAUUGCUCAGUAACGCAAACUACACUAACAAUAACGACUCAAUCUAAUUAUCUCAUCAGUGUGUGUAUAAAAUAUUGCGAUUGUUAAUAAAUUUAAUUAAUUCCGUGGGCAUAUAUACAAGCAGUUUAAGUAGAAACAAUGCUGUAUUGCUUUGUGCAGUGUAUUAAUUGGCAUUGCGUAGUCAAACGCCUAGGCGGCCCACUUUGCAAGCAAUAUCCGCUUGUAUAGUUGUUGUAUAGUUUAUUUACCAUUUACGGUCUUUCAGUAGAACAAUUAAGUUAUACUUGUUGGAGUGCUUAUAAUCAUGCAAUGAUUCAAGAAUCUCAACAGUAAAGGAUUAGAAUUGUCCAUGCUCAUCGUUUACAAGGCGAGAUUGUACCAUAUAUCUAGUGUUUAUCCUUUAGUUCAGCGAGUUAAAGCGCAGCAUAUUAACUGAACAUUGUCCUCGAGGGUAAUUAUUAUUUCAUUGAAUUGAUACUUCAGUUGUUGAUUAACUUAAAUUUGCUUGGCUUGCUAUCGAUACUGUAAACACUUCCAUAAUAUAAAUCAUGAAUAUUAAUUUUUUAUUGAAGAUUGUCUCAGGAAAACACUGCUGAUACCCUUCAUGGGCUUAGCCUUAAAUAUCAUUUCAAGAAGGACUGGACUAUUGAAGAGGCACAACCUUACACAAACACAACCGAAGAUGAAUGUUGAACGACAACCACAUCCACAUUCAAUUGAAGCUAUUCUCGGUUUGAAAGAUACUAGCAAGCAAAACGUACAGUCGUUCCGUCCAUAUAGCAAACCUAAAACUGAAUGCAUUGCUAUGAAUGAAACGUCUGCAAGUACUGGUAGUUCUUUCACACGAUUAGUGCCACGAGCAGGGCGCCUUCCAGGAGCAUCAGUGUUACUGAAAGCUGAGACAGAGCGAUGGUUUGUACGUUGUGGUUUACAAACGCAACCAGAUAAUUGGUUGGAGAAAAUGGAUGCAUAUUCGUUUAGAGCAACGAUGUUAAGGACAGAAAUAAGCGAACAAGGUAUAUGAGAGUUAAAUUCUUAAUAAUUAUUGGAUGAGGUUGAGCGUGGUAUUGAAAAUUUUCAAGGCCGAUGUUGUGUUAACAGGCAUGUGAAGCCACAGGCUGAGGCAGAUAACCGUUACAAACUGAGGCUUUGAUAAUCCAGUCUCGAUAUCAUGGGAAACCCAAUAGAAUUACCCGUACAUAAGAAGAAAGAAAAUUGUUUAAGUAGAAUAGUCUUAGGAUUGAGUAAGGUUUGCUUUCUCAUCAAGAUACUUGAUGAAAACUAUUGAUGCUGUCUUUCGAGCUCGACUAAUGAUUCCCGCUUUCAGUAACAGAGGUAGAUCUUUCAGUAUAUAGAGGUUUUAUAUCUUCUUCGAUUUGCUGGAGUUACAAUUAUUCUCUGCAGAGCCGACGUCAUAUCACUACAUUGCACAAAUAUAUUGUCUGCAAGUAUGACGUCAUAAUUAAGCGAUAUCAAGAAGGGAGAUUGUAUAAGUAAUGUGUAAAUAUAGUUAUUUGAGUAAUAUCCCACAACUAUAGUUAUAUAGCUAUAUACAGGGUGUAUAGAAAUUUAGCGCGCAAUUGAAUCUGAAUUACUCUGUAUAUGAACGAGAUUUUUUCAUAUUCGGAAAGAUCGGGAUUUUAGCUGUUGGAUGAUAUGUUCUUCAUGCCAAAUUAAAUGGAUAAAAAAUGAGCAAAUACGAAAUGUUAGUCAGAAUCGCAUAUUAAAAGGGAAUUUAAGAUCUUGACGACGAACUACCGACUACGUUUGAAAUAAUUUUGUGUUCGGUAAGUUUAAUUUUUAAUUUUCAUGAUUUCUUUAUAAAAAUACUGUCCAACCUGCAAUGACGUUGCGUAGUCAGUUUCGGUGCUAUGUUCUUGAUUCUGUUUUAUACAACACAAGAAUGUGAUUUUUACGCUAUAGCGAAGUCGCUAAGGUGAUCUGCUCUGGUAUAAUUAUGUAAAUGUUGUCUGCCCUGUGUAAUGCGAAAACAAGCAUUCAACCAUAUACCGUACCCGUUGUUCGUUUUCGGCUUCUUAAACUCCCUAAAAUUAACCCUCUUUGGGACUUAAGUUGAUGAAAUGUCAAUUGAAAUGUCAAUAAACUACGCAAAUAUUCAUAAUUAUUAUUACGUAGGAAUAAAUCUUAGCUAAGCUACUACAAGUUCGUGAUUAAUUGCUUUUUCUUUUGUUAUACACUGCUUUAAUUACUAGGCACAGUGGUGAAAAUAUGCGAUUCUGACUUAACAUUUUUUAUCGGAUUCGUAAUUGCAUGCUCAUUUUUUCUCCACUUGGCAUGAAAAACACCUCAUUCAAUGUAGCUAAAAGGCUGAUCUUUCCGAAUAUACUAAACAUGAAAAAAAUUUGUUCAUACGCCGAGCAAUUCACGUAUAAUGGCGCGCCGAAGCUCGAUUACCUUUUUUUUCUACACAUGUAGUGCAGCAAAUUUUGUAUUUUUUUAAGAUUGAUCAUUUCAACUUGCAAUCUAGUUAGUUGCUUACAUGUAUUUAGUCUAGCAUGAUUUACUGAAAUUAAAUGAUCCAUUUGAUCAGUUUAAUUUAUGAAUAAUAAGAUGGAAAUGCGGUUAUCUUCAUACCCUGGCCAAAUUAAGUAAAUGUAAUGUAGAGAUGCCGAUGGGGAGAUUAAAAAUGUUGAUGUGGAGAAUGUCUCAGGGCGCGUAGAAAUCUUGGGUCCUAUCAGCGUGAUAGCUGUUUCCGUCAGCAGAGCGAUCAUGGCAUUUCGUCUGCAAGACAAUAUACAGGGUGUAUCAAAAUAAACGCAACCUCGGAAUUUCCUAAGAAAUCACUUUGCAAUUCUUAAGCAUAAAAGAUUUUAGGCCCCUGGGAAUUGAAAUUGAAUUGCUAAUAGAUCAUAUUACUGUUGUUGUGGAUUAAAUAAAUGCAUAAAUUUUGCUUGAUGCACUCGCGUGUGCAGUAAUUUUGACAGUUAUGCUAUUUUAAAUUCCCAGGCGCCUAAAAUAUUUUGUCUUUAAAACAAUGUUGAUUUCUUGGGAAAUUCCGAGGUUGCGCUUUUUUUGAUACACCCUGUAUAUUUAUAAUUAUGAUAUAUCCAAUUAUUAUUUAUGAAUUAUGAGUAAUUAUGGUUUAUUACCUAUACAUGUCUGAAACAGAGCUUAUACAUUCAGUGGAAUACACAUAAAAAUGCAUUCCGCCUUGAUAUAGCUGCAAACGAUAUCAAAUGCGUUAAUUCUCCCAUGGCCAAUUACUGAAAUAUUAUAACUAAAAAAUAUUAUAAGUGCACUCAUGCAAAAUUAUAAUAAUUUCAGAGCAAUAUAGGUAUGAACAAAAUGUUUUGUAAACACGUUUACGCCAAUUUAUUUAUUCUAGGUGAAACUGAUAAUUUUAUGGUGCAAAGGCCAAAAUAUAGCGAAGAAGAUCCCGAAGUCUGCCUGAAACAACGUCGUAGGCGGACAGCUUUCACAAGUAAACAGUUAACUGAACUUGAAAAAGAAUUUCAAACCAGGAAAUAUCUCUCCGUUGAAGAGAGACAUCAAAUUGCGAGAGAGCUGAAACUCUCUGAGAUGCAGGUAAAAAUAUGGUUCCAAAAUAGACGUGCAAAGUGGAAACGUGCACGACGUGGCACUUCGGGACGGACAACUAAGACCGACGGUGCAUGUAAUAAAAGUAGGGUAGUUGUGCCCAUUCCUAUUCAUGUCAAUAGAACAACUGCAAGAAAUCAUCUUCAUAUACCGUGAACAAGUGAAUGUUUAUAUCUGCACAUUCCAUGCCGUGAUUGCUCUUGGAGUUAUCUUUGUGAAAAUGGAGAGAAGUCCAAUACCAGAAGGAAGGAAUGAACUGAUGAAACUGGCCCGGCUAAACAUCACAAUAAACUUGCAUGUACAUAUACGAUCACAGAAUUGAAUUUCACUGAAAUAACUAUACAAUGUAAAAUUGUAUACAAUAAUCAAUAUUUACAGUGGUAAAUUAAGAACUAGGAAGUUCUGAAAGCAUAGCAAGUAACUGAAAAUGAUAAUUCACAGCAAUCCACCUUUACUACGAUAAGUAAUAUUGUCAUAUUGUCAAUACAUGGACAACUUUUGUUGCCUGCCACUAAAAAUAUAUACACGAAAUAAAACUACAGAAAAUCAUAUAAGAAAGGAAAAAUUCCGAUAAUUUGUUUCAGUAAGUAAGUAUAAUUCUUUAAUGCCUCUAUAUUUGAAGAUACGAAUAUUUACAAUUUAUAAAUAAAUAAUUAAAAUUAAUUUAAAAAAAGACAAACAACACACGUGCACAAACUAAUGAAUAUAGUCUCUGAAUCCAGAUAGAUGUCAAUGUAACUGCAUGGUUAUUGUUAUUAUCUGUGAAAUCAACUCAGCAUGCAACGAUAAUGUAAAAGUUUUGCACUUGAUUAUUGUCAUAUCCUUGCAUGGAUUGCAUGUUUCCAAAAAUCGUGUACAUAAAAUUGUCCUCACCUAACGAGUUAAUGUUUGCUACGAGUUCCAUUGGAAAAAAUCUGUGAUGCGUUCCCAAAAUUUUGUUCUCGCUAAUUGCGUUUCACAACAAUGCAACAUAGCAUAUUUUACAGGAUUUAUGUAGUAGUUACCACAAGACAUACAGUAAAAUUGUGUUUUUUUCCCCAGUAAAUCUCACACCAUUCACAUAGAAUGACCCACAAAGAAUUUUAACAACAAUUGCCACUUGGUUGGCCAUCUCGCUGAUUUCAAGAGCAAACUGCAGCCACAUGUUACGCAUUGGUUCUUUUACGACUUGAUUGUAUAAUCCUGAUUGUUUAUAAUGUUGCGUUUUGAUAUUCCACAACUCAAUCUCCGUAUGUCUUGAUUAUAAUAUUCUCAAUUACUGUUUUCUUCCAUUCAGAUUUGCUGGGAAAAUUACAGGGCAGCUUUUUACGAUAUCUUGACCGUGGUCCAAAAGAGUUAUUUUUUAGCAACAAACAGAGGAGUGAAGACAAUUUUCAAACUCAAAACACUACCCAAAAUGUUAAAAAAUCCACCCUAUCGAUACUAAAGAUAGUAAAAUAUAGUAAAUUGACUUCAGCGGACUUAGAGCCUAGCCCGAAAUGUACUUUUCUCCGGCCAAAAUGCGAAAAAAAUAAAUAUAAACAUCGAAAAAACACUGGCCAGUGAUACACAUGUUUUGAUUCAAUGCUCCACAUAUAUUCAGCUACUCUGCGAAAAUAUACCUAUAAAUAUAAAUACUACAACGUACAACUUACAGCGAACCCGACGAAAUUCAUGUCGAAGAGGAAACCCAAGUUGAAAGCGAAGGCCAGCGCUAUCUUGAAAAUAUUAACAACGAGCGUUUUCUUAGUGAUGGUACAGAUAGUGAUAGCAGUGAUGAUACUGUAAAGAGUUAUAAUAGACAAGCCACGACUCCUGUAUCAAAUACAUGUAACACCAAUGUGUCGGCUCUGCAUGAUCUCGAGAGAAGAAUGAACCAACUCGAAUCAGAAUUAAAAGAAAGAAUUAUCGGUAUGCGAACGGAAUUCAAAACGAUGCAAGAGACCGAGCUAUCAAUUAAAGGGCAAGCUGAAUAUAUAACAUUUCUAAAAUCCCAGAAUAAACGUUUGGUGAUGGAAAAUAGAGAGCUACAAGAGAAGUCGUUCAAUCUAUUAUAUAUCGUUUCAGAUCUAAAUACCAAGUUAAAAGAGGCAGAAAAUGACAAGCUCAGUCUUGUAACUGCCAUAAAAAUUCCUACAGACAGAAAUACCUGAGAAUGCGGCCAACAAUCACACUAAAGCUGGUAAUACAAAAGCAACCGGUCAAAAGGAAACGUUUGACGGCGAUAUUCGUCUAGUUUAUGUUAGUAAGCCAAUGCCUGCCGUGGAGACAAGAAAUCGGUAUAACGUUUUAAGCGAUGUAGUGGCAAAACCUUCAGAGAGUGAUGCAUCUUCAAGUGAAUUUAUUGAGCCUGAGAAGUCAAAGACAGCAAGUGGAAUGUCUGGUCAACGUGUAAACGGGAAAAACAGGAAGUCUAGAACGACGGUCAUAAUAAGUGACUCUGAAUGA